CGGCGCGUGAGGAUCCUGCGUGAAUGUGCGCAUCCUUGGAUCGUGCGCACAGCGCCACAGUUUAUUAACGAGACAACAAUGGCGCAGUCCUCGGCGGAUCAGUGCGCAGCGGCUGCUCGUCUGGAGGACAAUGCGCUCAACGUGACGCCGUCCUGCUGCUGCUGCUGACUUUUUAUUGUUCUGCUCCUACAGACGCGGAGCGGCGCCGAUCUGGGAAGAUGUUGAGUAGAUUUAUGAGCGGCAGCAUCAGGAAUCUGGAGCGGGAAUACAGCUGCACCGUCAGGCUGCUGGACGACACGGAAUAUACGUGCACCAUUCAGCGGGAUGCAAAGGGCCAGUAUCUGUUUGACCUCAUCUGCCAUCAUCUCAAUCUGCUGGAGAAAGACUACUUUGGCAUCAGAUAUGUGGAUCCAGACAAGCAGAGGCACUGGCUGGAGUUCACAAAAUCAAUUGCAAAACAAAUGAAAUCUCAGCCUCCAUUCACCAUGUGUCUAAGAGUCAAGUUCUACCCUCCUGAUCCUGCUGCUCUGAAGGAGGAGAUCACUCGGUAUCUUGUCUUCCUCCAAAUCAAGAGAGACCUGUAUCACGGCCGGCUCCUGUGUAAGACUUCGGACGCAGCCAUGCUGGCUGCCUACAUCCUUCAAGCUGAGAUUGGCGAUUACGACCCCGGGAAGCAUCCUGAAGGCUACAGCUCCAAAUUCCAGUUCUUCCCUAAACACUCAGAGAAGCUAGAACGGCGUAUUGCAGACAUACACAAGACAGAGCUGAUUGGACAGACACCUGAAACAUCAGAACGAAAUUUCCUUCAGAAAGCCCAGAUGUUGGAGACGUACGGCGUCGAUCCGCAUCCAUGCAAGGAUGUUUCAGGAAACCCUGCGUUUCUCGCUUUCACCCCGUUUGGGUUUGUGGUGCUUCAAGGCAACAAGAGAGUUCAUUUUCUCAAAUGGAAUGAGGUGACCAAACUGAAGUUUGAAGGCAAGACAUUCCACGUAUAUGCAAAUCAGAAGGAGGACAAAAAGAUCAUCUUGACGUACUUUGCACCCACGCCGGAGGCAUGCAAACACCUUUGGAAGUGUGGAGUGGAGAACCAAGCCUUUUAUAAACUCGAGAAGUCGAGUCAGGUUCGCACAGUGUCCAGCAGCAACCUGUUCUUCAAGGGCAGCCGAUUCCGCUACAGUGGACGAGUGGCUAAAGAGGUGAUGGAGCAAAGUGCCAAAAUCAAACGUGAACCUCCAGAAAUACACAGGGCUGGCCUUGUUCCCAGCAGGAGCUGUCCGUCCAUCACACACGGGCCUCGUCUCAGCAGUGUGCCGCGCACCCGCCGGAGAGCUGUUCACAUAUCUAUCAUGGAAGGUCUGGAGUCGUUACGUGACAGUGCCCAUUCAACACCAGUGCGUUCAGUGUCCCACGGGGAAUCAUUUCUGCCACGGUCCCGGAGCCAGGCCACAGACGCCAGUGAGGGAACGGCGAUGAUCUCAGACGAGACCUACUGCCCCUCUGACAGCGUCAUGCCCACUCCAGUGGCUGAGCACAGCAUGGAGCUGGCCGCAUCACGCCAGAUCAACGGGGCACCUUUCAGCAUCGAAGAGGAAAUGGAGUCGGAGGCAGGCACUCCAACACACGGGGAAGUGGGCGACUUUGGGGCAGACAGUAGAUUUGCACAAGAGGGUGCAGAGGGAGACACAGCACUCAGUGAGGUGGAACAGGUGAAUAAGUUUGUCUUAAGUGUCCUCCGUUUGCUCCUUGUGACUAUUGGACUCCUUUUUGUUUUGCUGCUGCUCCUUAUCAUCCUCACUGAGUCAGACCUGGACAUUGCAUUUUUACGUGAUAUCCGUCAGACCCCUGAGUUUGAGCAGUUCCAUUAUGAGUACUUCUGUCCCCUCAGACGGUGGUUUGCUUGCAAGCUCCGUUGGGUGGGCGGGUUACUUAUUAACAAGUGACAGUGAGGUCACAGAGUUUGUGAAACCAGUCAGGGGUUGUGUGAAGAUGGUUUGGACGCCGGGUGAUGAGGACAUCCUGCUCCUCUUGUCGUCCUCCUGCAGACAUUCAGCCUGGACCAGUCCUGGUAACGCUGAACGGGGAUCUCUUGUCCCCCUUCAUCA